AUGAGCUCGAGUUCAAAACCCCUUGAUGCUUCAACAGCUGAUCGAGCUCCUCUCUUAUUGAUCUCGACUUGGGUUUGGACGGCAUUUGCCAUUGUUUUCGUCGCUCUCCGGUUCUUUUGUCGCAUGAGACUGAUCCGAAGCACUUGGUGGGAUGACUGGCUCAUUUUGGCUGCUGUAGGGUUUCGAGCUCACAGUUAUGAACAGGCAUCCACGACAGCAAUGAGUGUUGUCUGGACAAUUUAUGCCAAAAAUGGUGGCUGUCGACAUGCAUCUACUUUGACUACGGCACAACUCAUCACUACAACAAGAUUGAACUGGAUUUCACAGCCACUUUGCGUCUCCGGUCUCACGACUUGCAAAAUAUCGGUUGCUUGUCUGAUCUUGCGGCUUCAAUACCCAACACCAUGGAGAACGAAGCUUCUCAUCAGCCUCCUAUCUGUUAUGGUAACUAUGAACAGUAUAGCUGUGAUUCUCAUGUUUGGGCAAUGUACGCCUGUCAGAAUGCUUUGGAACCCAGCAUCGGCGCCUAAUGAUCAUUGCAUCAAAUCUAAUGUUGUAUCAAUUAUGUCGCAAUCUGCUUCAAGCAAUUAUUUCCUCUCAUUGAUACCUUGA